CUGCCGCCUACUUCCCAAAGACUCGGGGGCGCCUAUCGUCCGUUUGCCCGACGCAUCUCUGCUUCGCCAUAGCACUUCCCAGGUUUGCACGUCUGGUCGCCAAAGUCUUGCGACACCAGUCUCAUCGCCGCCCUCCAUCCCAGUCGCUCCCCACGAGUUCCUACUUUUGCCUGACGGGCAGCAGGCCACCACUAUGGCACCACUCAAACCAGGUUUUGCGGUCCUCCCCCAGCACGUCGAGGAGAUCGAGAUGGGAAUAAGAGAAGCCAUCUCGAACUCUCGAGCACCGUUCGGCAGAACAACCCAGCAGAGGCGGCCAAUAGAGAAACGGCGUCAUGACACGGAGGCGCGACCUCUCAAGCAGUCGAGUGGUCUCGCGAAAAGACGGAGAAUGAGUUGCGAACGCGGCGCAACGAAGGAGGCCGAAGAACGUUGCGCAGCCGCUACUUUCAUCGCGCAAAGCAUCACGGACGUGUCUGACACCGCAGGCGAGGAGUCGUUUCGCACCGCAGAGCCGGAACAAAACCCAAAGCCGGAAGACAAUUCAGAGCCGGUCGUUAUUGGAUCAGACGGAUUGCCACAUACGGCGCCCACAACGAACCCAGCGAUUAGAUCUCUAGUUCUGCGCAACUUUACCCUUAGGCCUUCUGGGGGACUAUCCCCUGUACUUUUCGAAGCUUUGCUUCGCGGAAUGCCAGAGUUGACUGACCUAUCGCUCGAGGGCAGAGUCAUGAUCCAGAACAAGCAGUGUCCAGAGGAAUUUGCCAUCCUCUCCACUUGCGAGAUCAUCGGUGCCAUUCGUGCAGGUGCUCCAAAUGUGCUUCGUUUCCAUUUCGAGAAAUCCCCCCUUCCGGGGGCUUUGCAGCAUUCAAGCAUCUCGAAGAACUAAGCAUCAGCAUGGGCUGAUUCCUGGCCGCCUGGAAGGACUUCAAGAAUCUAGCCACAUUGCUGCCACCAUCUUUGCGACGCAUUCGGAUAACGACUCUGCACAA